AUGUCCACCGAAUGGUCUCUAGAUUUCUGUCUGGCCUGUGACCGACAGACUCUUGGAGGUCCUUAUUGCUCUCAAUCAUGUCGUCUUGCCGAGUUGGAUCGUCCAACCCCUGAUGAUGAAUCUUCUCGAAAAUCCUCCCAUUCACGCUCUUCGACCCUUGACUCUCAGCCGGAAACCCGAUCGGCUCGCAGUCUAUCUGCAUCUUCUUCUCAAACCUCUCUCACCUCGCUUCAGAGUCAUACCUCCAACUCUACCUUCUCCGAUCACCUACAAGAUGAGCUACGAGAUUAUGCUAGCUCCUUUGAUCCAGUCCGAGACCUUAAACGACGAUUGACAACCACCUGA